CGGCUCGGCAGCACCGCGGACAGCGCCCGGCCCCGAGAGGCUCCGCACGGCCCCGGUGACGGCGUCGGUCCGGUCCGGUCCGGCCCCCCCGGCACGGCACAGCCCGGCCCGGCGCCCGCCGCGCCAUGGCCACGGAGGUGCACAGCCUGCAGGAGCUGCGGCGCAGCGCGUCCCUGGCCACCAAGGUCUUCGUGCAGCGGGAUUACAGUGAUGGGACCACAUGCCAGUUCCAGACAAAGUUUCCCCCUGAACUGGAGAGCCGGAUUGAGCGGCAACUCUUUGAGGAAACUGUGAAAACCCUGAACGGCUUCUACGCUGAGGCAGAGAAGAUUGGGGGCAGCUCAUACCUGGAGGGGUGCCUGGCCUGUGCCACUGCCUAUUUCAUCUUCCUUUGCAUGGAGACACAUUAUGAGAAGGUACUGAAGAAGAUUUCCAAGUAUAUCCAGGACCAGAAUGAGAAGAUCUAUGCGCCACGGGGGCUGCUGCUCACUGAUCCUCUGGAGCGUGGCAUGAGGGUCAUUGAGAUCUCCAUCUACGAGGACCGGUGCAGCAGCGGCAGCUCCAGCAGCGGCAGCUCCAGCAGCAGCAGCGGUGGGGGUGGUGGGGCGGGGGGCCGGUGACUGGCAGGGAGUCCCUGCAGGGACUCGUACUGCCGGGACAGUGGCCUCUCCGAGCUCCGCAGGCUGCACUACCAGAGCACCCGCUUCUGAGCCCAGGGAGAGCGGGAGGGGGAGGCUGUGGCUACCCGGUGGGGCUGCCCACCCCCAUCUACUCUAUGCCCCCCACAGUGAGUCUGGCCCUGAUCGGACCCACUGUGGGCAGGGGCUAGUGCUGGGGUAUCCCAGGUGCUUCCCACUGAGCCAAACUGUUGCCAAGGGGCUCCCGCAGCCCUCUGUGUUCUUGGUGCUGCUGUCCCUGCCCCAAGCGAAGGGGGCUUGCCCUGCUGUGGGCAGCCACAGGUGGCAGUGCCCUGUUGCCAUGGAUCGGGGAGUCAGGGGAUUGGAAAAGCCCCCAGCAGCACUAAGGGGGGGAUGCACACUUAGCCCCAUGCCCACAGGCACUGAGCUCUUGCUUCACCCCCUCCUUGGGGCACCCUGCUCUUGGUGCUACGGCGUGGGCUCAGCUGCUGCAUGUCCACUGCCCAGGGUGUCUGCAGAGCCUUGGUGCCGCUUCUUUUGCAUGAUGGUGCCAUACAUUCUCCCCAGCCCUGCCCCAAAUGCUGCCUGUUGCUGCUCCCCAGCCUUGGCCACAUGCUCUCACCCAUCUGGCAGUGCAUCCUCGCCAGCAGCAUCCUUUAGCACUGCCAUGACACUGGGCACUCGCUUCUGCUCCCUCCCUGACCUGGUGCUAAACCCAGCUGGACCCAGAAAGCUCCCCAGCCCAGUGUCCAAGGCAGGGAGGUGCAGUGCUGGGCAGGCUCCUGCCCCUGUGCCAUGUGCCCCAGGCUCAUGCAUGGCCCAGUAUAGUUGAGGCUAAGCUGUGGCAUGGCUGAGGCAGGCUCCCUGCCCAGUCCUGGCAGAGCCUGCCCAUACCUGGCUGCAGCUCCCUGCCUGCACUGCCCCAUGACCUGCUUCAAUGCAGGGACAGUGCCUAGUGGAGCAGCUCCACCGGGACCCUUCCUCUCACACUGCUGAGCCCUCUCCUGCCCACGUGUCCUGCAUGCAUCUGCCACCAGCACCCUAAUUCUCAGCCUGGCCUGUGGUGGGGACCCCAAUGGGCACCUGGGCUUGGCUGCAAGGUGUGGAGGUUCAUGGUCCAGGGUCAGAUAGGGGGAAAUACAAGGGUCCCUGUGACAUCCAGCACCUCGAGGAGAACUCCUGUCCGGGUGCAGGGCUGAACCGAGCCAGCAUUUCUCUCCUGGGGUCCUGGAGGGAGGACUCUGCCCUGUGGGACUCCCUUUGGCUCGGUCAUGACGUGUGUGAGGGGUGGCCCUGGCCUCAACAUUCCUGCUGGAGCCCCCCUGCAUGGAGACCUUCCUCAAUAAACCCCACGCUUCUUCUCCCA